GCCCCAGUAACUCCGAGACACUCAUCAAGGCAGCAGGUUUAGUGUGAGUGGCUGAUCAGGGGCAGGGGCCAUGGCUGCUGAGGAGGGGGACAAACCACAACUGGAAAUGCCUCUGGUCCUUGACGAGGACCUGACCAAGCAGAUGAGAAUACGGGUGGAGACUCUGAAAAAGAAUAAUGAGAAGCGCCAGGAUGGGGAGAAGCUUCUGCGACCUGCAGAGUUCGUGUACCGCCUAGAUUUCAUCCAGCAGCAGAAGCUGCAGUUUGAGCGCUGGAACAUUAUGCUGGACAAGGCUGGCAAGGUGACCAUCACGGGCACUUCCCAGCACUGGACACCCGAUCUCACCAACCUCAUGACCCGGCAGCUCCUGGAUCCAGCAGCUAUCUUCUGGAGGAAGGAGGACUCUGAUGCCAUGGAUUGGAACGAGGCGGAUGCCCAGGAGUUUGGGGAGAGGCUGUCGGAGCUGGCCAAGAUCCGAAAAGUGAUGUACUUCCUAAUCACCUUUGGAGAGGGUCUUGAGCCUGCCAACCUUAAAUCUUCAGUGAUUUUUAAUCUGCUCUGAUACUGAACCUGGUGGCCACUUCAACAUUUUCCUCCUAUCCUUAUGGAUCAAGGUGUCGGUCCCACACUCACCCCUCUAUUCUUCUCUCCUAGAGCUUGUCUUUUCUUCCCACCCUUUACCCCUCAAACAAAAUCCAAACACCUCACAUUUUUCUGGAUGAAGACAUCUCCCCUUUCCCUCCCUAUACUUUUAAUUCUUCUUUCCUAAUGUUUGCUUAGCUCAUCUUUUCACCCUCUUAAUUUUUUUGAAUUAUGUCUUUCUUCCCAUUCUCUUGUCUUAUUUUGAUCAGGAAAACCAUUCCAUCUUUGACUGCCACAUUCAUUUUUCUUCCCAUCUAUUCCUCUCCUUACCCAAUUCCCUGCCCUCUUGGAUCAGGGUGUUCCUCCCUUCCCUCUCUUUCUAUUUUCCAUCUAGCCCCUCCCUCAGCAAUCCUGUUUACUAAGAGCACUUUGAUCUGUCUUCUCUGUCCCUCAUUCCCACUGUCUUUUUGGAAAAGGAUUAUCCCCACACAUACCCUCAGUCCUCUUGCCUGGUGUUUGUCUCUAUCCUGCCCCCCCUCACCAAUAUCAUUCUUUCCCUUCCUCUGGAUCUCCCUCUUCUUACAGGAUCAGUGUGUCCUAUCCCUCCUUUCAGUCUUCUGGUGUCUGCUCUCCUUCCCCACUAUUUCUCUCCCUCCAUUCCACUGGUCCCCCUCUUUUGGGGGGGGGCAGUGAUAGACUAGUUGUUAUGUCUGAUCUGAGCUCUUGGGUGUACCCAGCAGCUUUGGAGAAACUAUUCAGUGUCUUUACACCCUCCCCCCCCCCCCAACUUCUUCCCCACCCUGGAACAGGAACCUCAACUGAAAUUCUUUGCUGUGCAAGGUGGGGACAACCCUCUGCUUGCUAGCCUAGGGUGUAGUAUUGCAUACAGACUAUUUGUAAGAUUAAUGGAUUAGAGAGGCUGCUAGAUAUUGGGGCAGCAAGGAACUAAGCAGAAGGUUGUGGGGGGGGGAGAAGACAAUAAUAGACAUCAGCUCACACUGGGCAUCUUGUGCUAGUGGAAAACAUACCGUUCCCUCUUUAUCUGAAGCAUGAGAGAACCAUUCCAAAGAAAGAGACCUUUAAAUUUCUAUUUUUUUCCCCAGAGUUUUUACAUCUGCAUCUGAAGCAUGGUUUCUUUUAGUAAAUAUCCAGGGGCCCCAUAUUGCUAUGGAAUCUUGACUCUUCUCCCUGGGCUCUCCUGUGGGCCCUCUCCUCACAGUGUAUGAGCUGACAUGGGCUGCCCCAAGAAGCAAAGUAUGGAAAGAAAAUACUCACUUGGGACACAACCCUUUUGUCUAAAAACUCCCCUCAGAGAGAACUUGGCUCUCUCAGGCUCUCUACCUAGGGGAGGGGAAAGGCAUGGAGCAGUUAAUGUUGGAACCUAGGAGUAAAGGAUUGAUUAUAAGGGUCAUAGGAAAGCUGUCUAGUUCCGUUAGGUUCUUUAAAAGAAAAACAAA